AUGGUAUCCAUCAAUACAGCUUCUCGCGCUCGAUAUGGUUAUCGAUUUUUGAAACGGCCGUUGGCGCUCCUCACUGCUUCCGUCCUCGUCGUGGUAUGCGUAAUCCUGAUCGGAUUCAACACUCUCCAGAGAACGAGCGCACCAAGAUUGAUUGCCAAUACUCCAUCGCUACGUUUCCGGCCAGACACUGCGUCUUGUCGCUUUUUCUUGGCGGAAUCGGCCAUUCCCCACGGAGGCCUGGGUCUAUACACUGCCAUCGACAUCAAGAAGGGUGACUUUGCGCAAUCCAUGGCCGAUCUCUGCAUCUACGUAGCCGACACUCCAAAAGGCACCGAUUUCGAGACACACAGCUGGGCGCGAGACGUCUUUAACGGAGAUUUUGAAGGAAAGAAUCCGCGUGCGGCAUGCGAGGGCUUUGCCACACUGUUCAACUCCAUGCCUCCAGGGGUCAGUACAUCCAAGCUUAUGCCUCAAAAUGUGAACACGAAUGCGGGUCUGCACCGGGCGACGCACGCCGGCGCCGGAGCGGUUUCGCACUAUUUUGGAAUCUGGUCGAAGGCUAUUCAAGAUAUUACGGCAGGAGCAGAGCUCACGAUCGACUACGGCGAUUUUCCGUACCAAAAGGGGAAAAAGUACGUGGCACCCAAGCACGAUCCCGCUUGGCUGCUCGAGAACGGCAUGUGUAUUGACAAUAUCAAAAUCCAGCAGGCAGUCGAUCCGCAAAUGGGCCGUGGAGCGUUUGCUUCGCGACGUCUCGCCAAAGGCCAGCUUGUGGCCCCCGCCCCGUUACAAAGCUUUCCCAGCCGAAAAGCGUUUGCGCGACAAAAACCAGAAGCCCUAUUCGUCAACUACUGCUUCCAGCCGCGCGGAACCGACAUUCUUCUGUUUCCGUAUGGCCCUGGGGUAAAUUUGAUCAACCACAGUAGCCAAAAAACAAACGUCGAAUUGCGAUGGUCGACGAACCCAUAUCACCAUAAGGAAUGGCUCACUGUGGAGCUGGACGAUUAUUUUAAACUCGACAAACCGGGUGGUAUCAUUUUGGAAGUAGUUGCUACACGAGACAUUGCCGAAGGAGAAGAACUAUUUCUAGACUAUGGGUCGGAAUGGGAGCAAGCAUGGGAUCAGCAUGCGGAAAAUUGGAAACCUGUCGAUGGCGCCGAUCGAUAUGUCUACCCCGAAGAAAUGGAUAAUACUGAGCCAGUACGGACAGUCGAGGAGCAAAAGAACAGGCCUUAUCCAGAAAAUUUAGCCAACACCUGUUUCACGCCAAACUGGGAACGCGACUUCGGCGUGAUGCGAUGGAAACAACCUGAUUUUGAUUGGCCCGAGGGCAACGUCAACUGUCACAUUCUGAAGCGAGAAAAGAACGCCAAAGGCGACGAUGAGUACGAGGUGUCAUUGAACUUUGAUUCAUACGACUAUACAUUUGACCCAAAAACGCCUAGGAAGAAACUGUACAUUGACACUCAUGUCCCCAGGAGUGCAAUAGGAUGGGUCGAAAAAGCGUACACCAGCGACCUCCAUUUGAAAAAUGCCUUCCGCCAUACCAUUCCUCUGCCAGAGCACCUGGUUCCUCCGUUGUGGAAAGCCGCUAUUCAAUAAGAGACUCGGCAGGUGUCAUAUAUCUUUUUACG